AUGGGCCGGUCCCUCGUUUAUCUCACUGCUCUUUUAUCUGCCCAGGGCAUUUUGGCUGCCCCCCAACGACGCCCUGGAGGUUCCGUUCAUGUUAGCCAGAGCAAAACCAACAGAAAGUGCGGCCCUGGUGCCACCUCUGCCUUUGGCACCUCUCCAUUUGGCCCCUUUCCCACUGGAGGAUUCCCUGGCGGAAUCGAUACCCCCUCAGGCGGGUUUGGAACUCCCACGAGUGGGUUUGAUCGGCCAACUGGAGGCUCAAGCGCUAUUGCUACUCCAACCGUCCGACCUAGCGCAAGCUCCUCGGUCGACGACACUCCCACGUCGCUUCCAAGCGGGUUUAUCACAGUCUCCGGCGAUGGCGGAGCUGCACCUUCAUCAUCCAGCCGUGCUGAAAGCGUAGCGACAAGCGCUGCGGCUAGCGUUACGGACGGAGCUGCGAGCUCGAUCGCAACCCCCUCAUCCUCGGCCGCUGCGUCGCCUUCAGGUACAGCUGAAGGCGAGUAUGUGGCCAACCCUUCUAUCGGUGCAGGCGGUAGCAGCUUCACCGACUCUGACCACUUCCGUAUCUAUAAUGGCGGCUCGAAAGCUGAUGCAACCCUGCAGAUGCUUGAGGGUGCGUUUGAUUGCUUCAUCAACACUCUUGGGUUCCGCUCCACUGGGCUCUCUUACAACGAUGCCUCCGACAGUGGCACCAAGACCAAGGUUAACAUCUACUCGGUCUCCGCUCUCGAAGGUGCCGCUGGCGUGAUGCAUUCCGAUGCCUCAACUGGCAUGGCCUACCUCGAAGUUGUUGACACAUACUUGUCCGUGCCCGGUGUUACCGUCCACGAGUUUGGUCAUGGCAUUCACUACCACCAGAAGACCUGGGUCGGCCAGACCAACACAGGUGCCUGGUGGGAGACUUUUGCUAAUUGGAUUGCUGAGACCUACAAGAGCCACGACCUCUGCGCCGCCUCGCGUCAGAAGUUUGGCCAGGAGACCAGUGCUUCGGAAAUUGAGCUCUCCAAGACGAUCGGCGACUCUUACCAGGUCAUCGUCGACGGCAGCUCUGGCAGCGGCAACUACUACCAGGCCUGGCCCUUCUUCACCUACCUCACAAGCAACCCCGACAAGAUCGAGGGUCUUGGCUCAGACACUCUGCGCCAGAUGAACCUCCAGUACAAGGAGAACAGCGAUGAGACGCCCCUUCAUGUUCUCGCCCGCGUUGCCACCGGCGCCAGCCUCGACUACAUCGUGGGAAGAUAUUGGUCUCACAUGGCAUAUGUUGACAUUGGCAUGGAGUCUGCCCACACCGCGUUCACGGCUCAGCGCAAAUCUCUCAACUACGACAACGUCGACUCCUCCGGCUCCGGCUCCUACAAGGUCAAGUCCGCGCGCGCGCCCCAGUACAUGGGCGCCAACAUCAUCCCCCUUACCGCCAGCGCGGGCACCGUGAGCGUCGAGAUCACCGCCGCCUCUCACUACACCGCCACCUUCGCCGUCUACGCUUCCGACGGCAGCACCCGCUACGUGGACAUCAAGAACAACACCGGCUCUGUUGAGGUUGCCAGCGGCGAGGAGGUCAGCCUUGUUGUUGCCAAUACCCCCAAGGAGGCUAUCAUGUACAACGGAUUCGAGCUGACCAGCGAGGUGAAGGCGGGCCUGGACUACUCCUUCACCUUGACUGGUGCUACUGUUACCUCUGCUUAG